AUGCCGCACGACGUCACCGUGGUCGGCACGGAUACGCAAAUCGCGCAAAUCAAGUUGAAACCCGGGGAAGAGGUGGCGGCGAGUCCGGGGGCGAUGUGCUACAUGAGCUCAAACGUCAUGUCGCUGACGUCGCUCGGUCCGGGCGGGUUGCCGCGCGCCAUCAUGCGCGCCCUGGCGGGCGAGCCGUUCUUCAUCAACACGUUUAGGAACUUAGGCAGCGUGGAGGGAUACAUCGCCGUCGGUGGCCUGGAACCGAGCGAUAAAAUCGCGGUGAUCGAACUCAAAGAUGACACGAAGCACGACAUUUUGUGCGCGCGCGAUUCUUUCAUGUGCUCCAAGGGAAACAUACGAAUCACCGCCGCCGCCGCGCUGCGCACGACGGAGAACGACUUCGCAUCCUUCGCCGACAUGCUCAACAUCUUCAACGGCGAAUGGCUCAUCGGCAACGGCACGGUGUGCAUCAACGGCAAGGGCACCGUCGUCCGACGAACGCUGAAAAAAGACGAGGAGAUGGUCGUCGACGCGCGCGCCGUCAUGGCUCUCGAGCGUUCUGUCGGCUACGAUCUCGAGAUUCAAAGCUCUCCCCUGGCCGCGGUUUUCGGCGGCGCGGGUCUGUUCUUCGUUCGUCUGCACGGUCCCGGGACGUUUUACCUUCAGUCCCUCCCCGUGCAAAAGCAACUCGACAGCGGCGUUCGCCUCGGCGGUCGCAAGCUCAAGGUCAAGACGCAGUAA